UUUUGUUGCAAUUUAUUAUUAUUUUUUUUCAACAAAUUUAAAAAAAUUGAUGGAUUAUUCAAUAGAGGACAGAAAAAGAUUAAAAAGUUUAAAAACAAGUAAUGGGUUUUGUUUGUCCUUGCGACAUCUUCUUUACUUCCCUUUUGUUUUUCUUUCACAGUAUAUGGUGUCAGCAGCUGUUUAUGUAAAUUUAUCUGAUGGUUCCCCAAUAUUUGGGUCAUUUGUACAAGCAGCUACAGGAAAAUAUAUUUCUCAAUUUUUGGGUGUUCCUUUUGCUGAACCACCUAUUGGAAAACUGCGAUUUCGACGGCCUAUUCCGAAACGUCCUUGGCGGGAACAAUGGAAUGCUACUACUUUCCGUGACUCUUGUGUUCAAUCUCCAGAUACCUAUUUUGGUGAUUUUUAUGGGGCUACAAUGUGGAAUUCUAAUACACCCUGUUCUGAGGAUUGCCUUUAUUUAAAUAUUUAUGUUCCCGGUGAAAUUGAUCGAGAAAAACGUUUGCCUGUUCUUUUUUGGAUUUAUGGAGGUGGAUUUUGGAGUGGGACGGCUUCUCUUGAUGUUUAUGAUGGGAAAAUAUUUGCGGGGGAAGAAAAUGUAAUUAUUGUAACUGUAAAUUAUCGUGUUACUGUAUUUGGUUUUCUCUAUUUGGGUAGAGAAGAAGCUCCAGGCAAUAUGGGUUUAUGGGAUCAGCUACUUGCUUUAAAAUGGGUAUAUAAAAAUAUACAAGGUUUUUAAAGAUAAAUAUAGUUAAACCUCUAUUUAACGUAAAACCUCUAUAUUACAGACUUUUAUUUAAUAAAAACGGAAAGUGAAAAUAUUUGAGUGAAGGGCAAAGAGGUAAAAAAGGGCUGCAAAAACGGAGUCCAACAAAGAUGAAAAAGAGGGCGUAAAAAUUGGGGAAAAAUACGGUGAUUUUUAGAGGUU